CGGGGUGGCUGCCGCCCAUAAGCUCGAGUGCAAUGAGCAAUUUGAAAGGGAGGGUCGUUGUACAAAAGGACGAGUUGAAAGAGAGUGAGUCGGCGAGUUCUUUGAGCAAGGAAUCGUUUUUGAAGAGGUCUCAGACAGCUGGGUCUAGAAGUGCGAUUGAAGACCAAGUGGACUUCAGACAGCCAGCAUGGGCCAACAUGUUGGUUGAUUUGAAUUUACCGCCGUUCGCGCGAGCGGAGAAGUCAUCUGAGUUGCUUUCGUACCAUUUGAAAUGGGUGCAUACGGUUGGAUAUUGGGAAAAGGUCCCCGUUCUGGUGGUCCUGAUCAAGAUGAUUCGUAUGGUUGGAGACUGCGCGCGCGCGGUAAUGAAGGAUCCUACGGGAGAAUACGACUGGAACACCGUCCACAAGAGUGUAUUUGAGAGCUAUCCGGAUCUGACGCAGGGCUGCGUUGUUCAGCUGAGAGACGUUUCAGUGGUUUCUCCAGAAAAGAACGUUCAUUAUUUGGUUGUGCUUCCUGAAAACGUCGUUCGGGUGUGGCCGAAAACGGUCAAAAUCGCUUCCAAGCAGCUGGCUUGUCUGAGCAGGAGUUUAUAUCAAUACUCUAGCAUUUACGAAGACGGCGCGCAAGUUCGACAGAGCGCCGCGUCUCAGCCCGCCUCGCUCAACAGUCGGGAGGUGAAGGCGCGCCAAUCUCAACGCCGAGAGCAGGAGGAGAAGAAAAUCGGGAGUUGCUGCUCAGCAGACAGCGCAAAGAUGGACGGCGACGCGAGAUUCGUUUAUGCGAGCGACGUAGACAGCGUCGGUACCACAAGCAAUAGGGAUCAAACUAGCUGUGCCAACCGGACAGACACUGAGGCGAAGGAUAACGCGGACGGCGGUGCACGUACCGCUAGAACCGACGCGGCAAAUCAGAGCACUGCUGAUGUCAAAAGCAGUUGCGCCGCGAAUGACGACGGUGCCAUGUCUUGUCAAGGUGACAUGAAGAAUAGCGGACACGUCGAGCAUGGAGCGAGUCACGACGGUCGCAUCAACUGGAACCCGCAGAUCUCCGAGGGAGGUCCGGGCCGUGAAAAAGGUGGAUGGCGCGGUCUCAAGGUCAACCGAAGUUUGACAGGGGGAAAAAUUGCGGCGGACCGAAACAAACACAACACAAUUGAACCAAACGGCAGAGCGAGGAAAAGCGCGAGGCUCGACGGGGUAGAAAGUACCGUCCGUGGCGCGGGGGGCUACGGUGAGACGCAAGGCGCGAGAACGGCAUUAAUAACACCCAAUAAUAAUUGUCACGACCUGAACGAAGGCGGCAUCAAGAACGAGAUAGUGCACGGCAACAGCAACAUGACUCACCUUGUGGGCGACAAGAAGGACUUGAAUGACUAUGCUGAUAUCCUAGAGUGUGCAAUAGGCGAGGAAUGCAUCACCACCAAUAGAAAAAAAAAUAAGAACAACACAGUACAAGCCAACACACAAGGCAGUCAACACAUAGAAAACGACUCGCCCCAUCUCGGCCAAACUCAUCCGUCACCGCUUCCUUUGAACCCAACGACUCUGAAUGACUUGCUUGCAUCGAUCACGAGCGCCCCGCUCGGCACUUCCUCUGAGAAGGCCGAAAAAGCCGAAUUUCAGAAAAAUGCGAUAGACAACGCCAAAAAAACAGAAACCGGACCGGCCUUCUCUCGGACAGCCUAUGCGUCGUCCGAAUCCUUCGGCGCGACCGCAGAACAGCACCAAGAACAAGUCAGGUCCAGUAGGUGGAUCGUCAAAAAAAAUCCUAGCCAUUCCAGAGAAUUGCCUAAAAAAAUCGAAUUUGCACCCAACAAUGCCAACAACUCACCACCUUCACUCUUCCAAAGCGGCAUGUCCCACUCAACCAAUGCGCUGAAUGGGACCAUUUCGAAUUUUCGCCGAAGAUCCCCAGGCAACAGUUGAUGCACCCAUGUAACAAUCGUCCUAUAACCCCUCCCCGUGGCCAAAAACCCCCCCUUUUGCUUCAGCGAAGUGGUCAAAAUGUCCAAAUGCGCUGACCCCCAGAGGCCACCCCACACACAACUACGGCAGAACAAACACGCAUCCCAAUACAUACACACUCAUUUCCAUAACUCGACCAUACACCGCAUAAUUCGCACGCACACGGGUUUUACGCGCGCGCGACCAUAGCCGGUCGUGGUCACCGGACGUGGUGAUCACUCGUCUUGCGCCCACCGCAAAUCCCGUAUGAAACCAACACCGAGAUUUCUAUGCGCCGACCAAUUUACACCGUCUACAUUUCAAAAUUAUAAUAAUACACUUUACAUCUGUGCCCCUUCGAGCUGACUCGUCGAAGAGCCUUCUGCAUUUGAAAUAGUUUUUCUUGAGAUUUUUUCACACACCUGAUGAGUGAGCGCCUUGGAUUGAUUUAUGAUGUUAUGCAAUCUCUUACAUUUGACGAGAAGAGAUAGGACUUGAUUCAAUCGGCUUUCAAGCUGCGCGUAUUUUCCCUGACAAAACUCACCGAUCCAGUUCAAAAGCCGAAGGUAUCUUUGCGAUUUUCCUGUGUUCGUGUGUACAACAUGAAACAAUUGUCGAAAAUCCUUCUGGUGUGCGUAUUCGACCUGAAUGGAGGGCUCGGAAAAGGGUUGCUGGAGGUGAAGAGACAAAAAAAAAGAAUUUUGAAGAAUCAAAUUCAAAUGGUUCGAAAGUUUUUGCAAGCAAUUGUGCAU